GUCCAAGGAAGAUUAAAUAAAACUGAUAGAUUUGUAUAAACAACAAACAGUGAUAUGGGACCCAAACAAUGUUAAUCAUUUCAACAAAAUUAGAAAACAAGACGCGUGGGAAGAAAUCGGGGCCGAAAUGGACAGAGAUGUGGACGAAUGUAAGAAGAAAAUGGAGAGUUUUCUAUCAGCAUUAAGAAGGGAGAGGAAGAAAAUGAAAGACACUGCUGGAACUGGAAAAGGAACUGACGAAAUGUACAGAAGUUCCUGGUUCGCUUUCGAAAGUCUACGUUUCUUGCUGGACAAAAAUAAACCAAGAAAGACAAUUUCGACGAUGCGAGUAGAAAGCGAAGAGAGAGACGUAGAAUGUGGUGCAGUUGGAGAAUCAGCACAGGAAACUGUACCGAAAAAGAAGAAGCAGCGAGUCGAAGAUGCACGUCUGGACAAAGCCUUUCAUAUAUUGUCGUCCACCGCGAGUCAGCUUAACGAUGAGUGCCAACAUUUUGGAAAUUUGGUCGCAUCUAAGUUGAGACAGUACAACGUUGAUACUAGAUGUACAAUUGAAAAUGACAUUAUGGGUAUUUUCCUUCGCGCUAACAGGGGUUUCUACAAUAACACUCAGAAUUUUAUACAACCACACUAUCCAUGUCAUUUUCCAUCGGACAACUCUGUCAUGCAGUCAAACACUGUAUUGUCCAACCCUACAACCCCGUGUCCUUCAGCAGGAUCACCUACCUUGACGUCUGAUGAUGAUGAUUUCAUUAUUCACGAUCUCUUAUAAAAUAUUUUUGUUUUAAUUACAGUGCUCCUAAUGAUUUGUAACACAGUGUAAACAACUUUGUCAUUUCUUAUAAAUAAAUGUAGAAAAUUACGUUAAUAAAUCUUUCAAUUACA